AUGCCAAUUUGUACCCUCCAUAUCCUCUCUCUCACCUCACCUAUCUCCAAAUUCCUCCAGACCCUCUCCACCACCUCCCUAAAACCGCUAACUACAUCCCUCAUCCACCGGUGGAUAAUCCUUCCCUCUUCCCUAUCAAUCGCACCCCUCCUCGCGCAAAAUAUCCACUGGGACAUCCUCCUCAUCCUCCCGUCUCCAUCUGAUACCCGACUCCCGGCAUCCUUACAAGAUCUGAUCCAGCAUCAAUGGACCAUUGAAGUCGGUAUCCCGAGUCGCAUAUUGAAAGGCUAUGAAGCCAAGAACAGCAGACUGCUGAACCCCAGGAAAGAAGAUCUCCCGGCUCUAAGCAAGAGGCUGGAAGACUUGAGAAAUGGGAAGGGGAAGGGAGGCGAGCUGAAAGAAAGCUCUCAAGAUCUAGAAUUAAGUCCCGAACUCCUCGCCUGGAUCAAGAACUUCACAUCAUCCGGAACUCGAGAAAGCACCGGCGCAGUCUCCAUGCUGAACCUCCUAGCCUUCAAACCCGGCAUGAAAGAAUCGUAUCUGAAAUACGGAAAGGCAUUUGCCGAGUCGGCAGGGAGUAGUAAAGGCGGUGAUGCGAAGAUUGUAGGGAGUGUGAUCCAAGGGGGAGAUGGUGGGAAAGAGAAGGGGGAAGGGUGGGAUGAAGUUGCGCUGGCGCAUUAUCCUAGCUUGUGGCAUUUUGCGGAUAUGCUUGCGAGUGAGGAGUAUCAGGAUGUUAAUAGGAGGUAUAGGGUGGGGAGUUUGAGGGAUACGUGUAUUCUUUUUACGAGUGAGGUUGGGAUUCAGGAGAUGAGGGGUGCUGCGGAGGGAAAGGCAAAGCUGUAG